UGAACAGGUGUGACCCCAAACACGUUUCACUUUAAUUCGUCUCGAGUGGAAUCUGCGUUCUCAACUGACAGGUUGUUUUUUUUUCUUUGCAGAAUCUAAGAUUCUUUGGUGCGUCAGUGGGUCGCAGCAGAAGGUAGCACCCUUUUUUUUAGUUUUUUUUUUUAGAGACUAUAUCUGGCAAUGCAUCGAGGGGCAUUCUAUGGUCCAUACGGAGGUCCCUUCCCUCCUCCUGGUUUCUCAGCCUACGGAGCAUACUAUCACGGAGACAACAGUCAUCUAUGUUCAGUUGGCAGUGCAACAAACAGUAACGACCCAAAAUCGAAGGCUUCCAGAUUGUUUAUAGGGAAUCUGAACACAGGAUAUGUAACACGACGCGAUAUUGAACGACUGUUUGUACCAUAUGGCAGAAUCACUGGUAUUUCUUUACAUAAAGGAUUUGGAUUUGUGCAGUUUACAAGUGAAUUCAAUGCAAGGCGAGCAAAAGAAGCUGAGAAUAAUAGAAUUGUCGCUAAACAACCUAUAGAUAUAUAUGUUGCAAGUGAGCCUGACGCAGGCCGACCCAAGGGGUUCAAACGAAUAGAUUAUGGAAGUGGUGCUGUUGGUGAGAAAAUUGCUGGUACAUCUUGCAGUAUGCGUCAGGUACAGCAUGAUCCUGUUUCUGGGGAUGAACCAGCAUCAUGGAAAUGUGCAAGCUGUGGUGAGAAAGCGCUGUCAGCAUGGGAGUUGAUGAAGCAUUCUGCCGAAGCUCAUCAAAAUAAAAUCUACGAAGAGGUCACCAAUGAAAAACCUUAAUGGAUUCAAGUACAAUUGCCGUCAAGAAAUGUUGCGAUGAGACAAACAUAGCAGUUAUCGUUGUCACAUUCAGGCAAAUACAGUUGCUAUGGGACGAGGGGUAAUAUAUCUUGGUGGCUGUCAGCCACUUAAAACAAAUAUAUAUGUAUAUUAUCUAUAUUAUUAUAUCUCUAAUAUGUAUAGAAAUCUAUAGAAGUAUAUUAGAAAAUUAUUAAAAUAUUCAGCUCUUGAAAAGAGUUGUUUACUGCACGGUGGAGUAAGUUAGGUUUUAAUUGUUAUUGUACUAAAGGUCUUGUGUUAUGUUUAUUGAAAAGCAAUUGGUAUUUCACAUUCUCCUGUUCCAGACUUUUUAACAAUCUUAUUAAACGGAAUAUUUUAUAUCAAAAUUUAUUCCCAUAGAAAAUGUGUGCAAAUGCAAUACAAUAAUUUGUUAUUAGCUGUUAGUGAAGGUAAUACUGAAUUUUAGAGACAUGUUGUUAAUACAGGUCUCCCUCCAGUUAAAUAACACCUUUGGAUGAGGCUUUUCAAUUCUUUAGCACCUUUGGUCUCUAAUUAGAAAAAAAAAAACUAUCAUAAAGAUAGGCAUAUAUUCAGGCCUGCAGAAAGUGGUCUUUAAUUGGAGGUGGUCUUUUUUGAAGGGAUCUUUAAUUAAAGGGAGACCUAUUUUCAUAUUUUUGCUAAAGUUUGAUCAUGAUUACCAUCAGAAAAAAUAAUAAUAGGUAAUGUGAUAACAUCUAAAAUGUGUUUGAAUAAUAUUACAUUUUAAUACAAGUGUUAUUUUAUUGUCGAAUUGAUGUGGUGUAACUAUCCUUUACUAUCUCUGCUAAAUUUGCUUGAAAUUAUAAUCAGAAAUAUAUUAUUUAUAAGAUAUAUCAUUGUAGUUAUGAAAAGCUUAUUUAUUAUAUUUUUAAUAAAUUCAACUUACAAUAGGCAGAAUAUUUUCAUUGAUUAACAAUUUCUACUUAAUCCUGGCCUACAAAAGAGAGGGUGGAAUUGGUUCAGCUUUUGGUUUGUUUAGCAAAAUAAGUAUACCAUUGAUCAUGUAUGUUGUAAUUUGUCUACAAAGAAAAAUAUCCUGUUAAUCUUAAGGUUUGUAUUCAGAUGCUUUGUAUAACAACGCCAAAUAUCUGUAACCAGUUAAACAAUAUACAGUACCGGUAAGAAAAUGCGUCUUUAAGAGAAAAGCAAGAGCACCUUAUUUGGUUCUUGAAGGAUAGUAGGUAUCUUCUUAAUUGAAAUUUAAUCACAGUUUUUAUUCUUACUUUGUAUCAAUUAUUUUUAGAUGCAUUAUUGCAGAUUAAAACCCAAUUAUUGACAUUUCAAAGUCAAGUUGGAAAUAAAAGAAUUUUGAUUAAAUUAUUUCCAAAUACCAACAGACUUGCAGAUAAUUGUGGUCUUUUGCUUUAUACUUAUUUUUUAUUGGUAAUGGGUUAAAAUGUAUGUCAUAUAAUUAUUGGCUUUUAUUAGAAUUAAAUUAGCUCAAAAUAAUGCUUAUCUAAAGAGUGAAUAAACCACUUCCCUUGUAUAUUUUCUGGUAUAUAUUUCAAAUAUUUUCUUGCUGAUAAAAUAAGGUAUUAGCUAAUGUGUUGGAAAUAAACCUGUGUAAUCUUAAUAAUCUUGUGUAAUAAUACAUGAAUAUAUACUGUAAACUAUUCACUGUAUGUGAUUCCAGAUCUUUAGGAACAAGAUUGAAUUAAACAUCUAAUACUUUGGUAAUCUUUAUUAAUAGGCAAUAACCUGUUCUUUGUAUUUAGCUACUCCAUGUUAAUCUUAUCUGGAUUAGAUAUCCUAAUCUUUAAUCAAAAGUUGUAAUCUUAACAAAUGUAGCUUAUACAGAUUAUCAAUAUUCACAAUCUGUUUAUGCAUACUAUAAUGAAAAGGAUCAAUAUCUAUAUACCUAUAAGAUUAGUUAUCUAAGUAUUUAUUUCUAAGAUCAGUUGUGAAUACGUUACUGAGGAUGCUAUGAAAAAAAUUGCUAAAUACCAUGCAAAAUGCAGCCUUGUUUUUAACCCAGUGUUUACACCUGUUUUGAACACCAGUGUUAAUGUGCCAAUGUUUUAAAAGAGGUGCUCUAUACUCAUGUAGUAUGGCACUUGUUUUUUUGACAUGUGUUCAAGUAGCUUUUAACAUCUGUAUUAUUAUACGUAUGUUCUUGCACAAGUGUUUGCAAACAUGUUCUUACAUUUGUGCCCUUGCACUUAACACUAGGGUUCUGACACCAGUGUUAUGUAAUUGUUCCAAACCAGUGCUCAGACACGUAUCUGUGCACUUGUGUUUUAACAUUUCUAAGUUCUAACAUUGUACACAACUGUCUUCUAUAUUCAGUGUUCAUAAACCUGUGUAUCCCAUGUACACACGUCCUCGUUUCCCCCUCGUUUUACAUUUCUUGAUAUAUCACUGCACAUGUCUGUGUUCUAACAAACUCCAGUUUUAUCAGUAGUCUAGCAACUGUCACACUGUUUCAACACCUUUAAAAAAAACAUAGUGAACCUUUCCAUACAAAUGCAAGAUUUACCCCAGUUAUUUAUGUAGACAUUUUCUUUCUAUGUCAUGUUUUGAGUACAAUUGGUUGAUGCUUUUGUUGGGUGGAUGAAAAGAAUAAUUAUUACAUUUUAUGGAGGCAUGCUGUGGUAUUGAGAAGCGGGACAAUACUUGUCGCCAUGGUAGCUAAUCGAUCAUGUAAAAGUUUCUGAAUGCAGAUUAAAAUUCCAGCCAUAUCUUGCGAUAUGUAAAUGUAUAUUUAGAUGUAAAGAAAAAUUAUAAGAAAAAAAAGGUUUAUUAUAUUGUUAAUUAUGUAGGGUAGUAUUUAGAACAUUUAUUUUUCGAUAUAAAGUGAAAUGUGUGAUAAUAUGUUUUACUGGCAACAUUUACAAGUUGUAAUUCAAGAGGAAAAUAUAACUAUAUGAACAAAAUA